AUGUUGCUAGUCACACUAGCUUUAGAUCCACCGGUAAUAGAGUGGCUCAUCUUUGCCGGCACAUACGCAAUGAGAACCGCGUCCAAACCCGCCGUGAAGCGAACAUUCGGCGCCCUCCUCCUCUUCGCCUUCUUCCUCCUCGCCGUCAUCUCGAUCCCCACGGACUCGACCUUCGAGCCCAAGCCCACCUCCCCCGUACUGACGAGCGCCUUCGCCACCUCCAAGCUCGAGGCCUACCGGACGGCACACAGGACGCUGACAGACCCGCUCCAACGGUGCCUCUACCACCGGGACAGCGGUAUUCCCGACUGGUACAGCAUCCCUCGCCUUUGCUGGGGCGAGAUGCUUGUUGACAAGUUGCAAGCGGUCAAGGGUGCUAUCCGCGCGGACGCGAAAGCGCUAUUCAAGGAGACGUGUGCGGCGGUACGCAAGUUGAGGGGCCAUUUUGGUGGUGGCCAGGGGGCGGCAGCGAAGUCGGAAAAGGAAACAGAAUCAGCUAAUCAACAGAACCAGUCAAACCCAGCGGAGAUCUUCUGGGAUAGGAUGUGGGAGAACAUGCUAACGAAUGUGCGACAGUGCCUAGACUGGUUUAUGGACACCAUACUCUCGCUUUCCGCCAGAAUGAAAGCAGCACAUUAG